AUGGCGGACAUCGCGAAUCUUCGCAGGCGACGAGCAGCCAUCAAGGCGAGGAUGACGAGGCUCAAGUCAAAGGCCGAGCAAGUGCCGGAAGACAACGUGAGCAGAGAAGAGAUAGAAACCUACCUUUCUAGGUUAGAGGAGAUACAAUGCGAGUUCGAAAAUGUGCAAGACAAAAUCAAUGAUACCGCGGAGGGAGAGCCCACUGACGCGGAGGCCUUUGAGGAGACAGUAUUCGAAGAAAGGUAUCUCGAGUUGAAAAUCAAGAUGAAGCGACGGUUAAAUGCGUUGCCAGCACAACAAGGUGAGUCGCGUUCGACAACGAGUGACGAAAUGCUGUCGAGUAUGCUGUUGCAGCAGGGCGAGAUCAUACGGCAGAUGAGUCAGCGAGGCGACGGGGUAACGACGAACAAUGGUGACGCAAUCGAAAGGUUGUUCGAGCAACAGACGCAGCUAAUCCGCAGUAUCGCAAGCGGAAGUGGCGCGACUAAUCAAGAGUCGAGGGUGAAGCUGCCGGUGGUGAGGCUUCCAACGUUCGAUGGCCGAGUGGAGGAUUGGAAGCGAUUUUCCGAGACAUUCCAGUCAAUGAUUCAUGCGAAUGAAAGUAUCCCGAACAUUCAAAAGUUCCAGUAUUUGGUUACGUCAUUAAGUGGCACAGCGGCCAAGAUAAUUGAGGCAAUCGAACUAACCGACGCGAAUUAUGUGAUCGCGUGGGAGUUACUGAAGCGAAGAUUCGACGAUCCAAGAGCCAUAAAAAAGAAGCAUAUCCAGUGCCUUUUUACGAUGCCGAGGGUAGAAAAGGAAUCAGCUGCCGCAAUUCGAAGUUUGCUGGAUUACACUUCGAAGCACUUGCGGGUGCUCAAAUCCUUGAACCUGCCGACGGAUUCCUGGAACGAGCUCGUGAUUCAUAUGAUGGAGGCGAAGCUGGAUGCGACUACGCUACGAGCAUGGGAGCAGAGUCCAACCGCGACGGAUGCGACUCUAAUAACUUUCAAUGAGUUUCUGGAAAGAAGACGUCAAACAUUAGAAAGAAUGAAGCACGAAACAAGGAGGGGGUGCGCAAGGCCGAACCCGACAAACAAAAAACGAAGAUUGGAGUUCGCGAGAAACACACGGCGUUGGCUAGCAUCGCCGAAGCUGGGAAAUGUUAUCUGUGCCAUGGAGACCAUCUAUUAUAUCGAUGUGAAAAAUUUUUGGCUUUGUCAAUAG